AUGUCUGCAGAUUUGCUUGCUGAGUUUGGGACAAACUCAAACCAGCCCAGUUCCGCAUCACAAGGAAACGAUUCAUUCUUUGACGAUGAUUUCGACUCUUUUGUUUCGCCAGAGCCUACAGAUGACAGUGCACUAGGAUUUCAAAGCAAAAUCUCCGGUGCUGAAAAGCAUCAUAGUGGAUCUCAAUAUGCCCUGGAUACAGAUACAUUCCCUCCGGUCUCGGAAGGUGCGGAGGUAUUAUUCGACGCGGCUGCAGAAGUGAGCUCAGGCAAGGAUGAUGAAGACGAUUGGGGUGCAUUUGAGACGGCCAAUCUUACUCCAAGUUGUCAAUUGCUUGAUAUAGAAAACGACAUCCAGCCAUUGCCUACGUCCAUUAGCAGACCAGAUUUAGUAGUAUCUAAUGUUUCGGUGUCUGUUGAUCUCCUUUCACUCGAAGACAAGCCAGAGUCCACUCAAAGCAUUGUCUCGCAGAUUGCUCCAAGCUCAAGGCAUCUUCAAACAUUGAAAUCACCGGCGUUCAGUCAAAAGCCCGCUGCUAAGAGCAAAAGUCGGCCUAAUGCGUCUGAGGAUGACUUCUUUGGUGAGUGGGAUGAUUUUGAGGAUGGGACUGCAGAGAAGCCCCAAUCGCAAACACCGAUCUCAACAUCUACAAAAGAGGCGAGAACCAGUAUCAGCACAUCUUCUACUAAAACACGAAAAUCUUCACAAUCGCAAUCCAUUGUUCGCCCGACCAACAUUCCCCCGCCCUCGGUCCUACUUCAGAUCAUACCAUCUCUUUUAGAACAAUUCCGCGGACAACUUAAUGAUUCAAAACGAGGUUCUACAGCUCCCAAUCCUGAAUUUAUCACUAAUCUUAUUCAAACUCUUCGGGCGGCUUCCCGAGUCAUCGCAGGCCGCAUUUUACGGUGGAAGAGAGACACUAUAUUAAGCCAAAGCAUGAAAAUUGGUCCAGCACAGUCUGGCAAAAGCAGUGGAAUGAAACUGAGCUCUAUCAGCCGAGGUGAAUCCAUCAAAGAGGAACAAGAAGCCGUUGGUGUCCUUGAAGCCUGGCGCCAUCAUGCAUCCGCACUCAAUUCGGCGAUUCAGGCAUCUGGUGAACGACCUGUACCCGUUAUCACGGACAAAGUCCGCGUCAUUACUGUGAGUGCAGAGCAAGGUGCGCUCAAGGCUUCCCAUGCUUGUGCUUUGUGUGGUUUGAAGCGGGAUGAGAGGUUACCAAAACUAGAUGAUGAUGCGCAGGAUAGUUUUGGAGACUGGUGGAUUGAAUACUGGGGCCAUACGGAUUGCAAAUGGUUUUGGGAAGAAAAUUCCAACAAGCUUAAUCAUCGUUGA